CACAGGCAACAGUGUAUAUGUACAUUUGACGUUGACACUAGAAAUACUAGAAUUGAUAAAAAAAAUCAUGCUUCUAUGAAAGUUAUCGGUACCAAUACAUUUUGAAUUUAUACCAUAUAUACUUAUAAAUAAUAUUAUACCUACGUGGCGUCGGAAAUAUAUUUAUUAUAAACAUAAGCAUUAUGUGGGGUGAUUCUUUGUUAAUUGUCUUUAUUUCAAUAUGCACUGCAUUUUUGGGAGAAGGAUUGACGUGGAUUUUAGUGUAUCGGACCGAAAAAUAUCAGAAACUAAAAGUUGAAGUUGAGCGUCAAAGCAAAAAACUGGAAAAGCGUAAGGAAGCACACGGGGAUUCGUUAGAUAAGCAACACAAGAAAAAAAUUGAACGUGAAGAAGAAAGACUUAAAAACAACAAUCGAGAUCUCUCUAUGGUUAAGAUGAAGUCUAUGUUUGCAAUUGGUUUUGCAUUUACAGCAUUACUUAGCAUGUUCAAUAGCAUAUUUGACGGAAGAGUUGUUGCUAAGCUCCCUUUCUACCCUAUUUCCUGGAUUCAGGGACUGAGUCACAGAAACUUACCAGGAGAUGACUACACUGAUUGUUCAUUUAUAUUUCUUUACAUUUUAUGCACUAUGAGCAUAAGGCAAAAUAUUCAAAAGCUAUUAGGUUUUGCUCCAUCACGUGCAGCUUCUAAGCAAGGAGGUGCUUUAUUUGCAACUCCACCAGCCCAAUUUAAAUAGAAAAAAUUCAGUCAUAAAUUAAUAAUUGGAACAAUAUAAUAAUAUUAAUUAAUAUAUGUAUAAUGAAUGUUUAAGAUAUAAGAGUUUGUUUUAUGUCAUAUUUAAAAUAAGUAAUGGUCAUUAAACAAAAUGACUACUUGUUUUUCUUAUAGUUCAAUUGACAUAUUUAAUUUAUUGUUUGUUUUUAGAAAUAAAGUAUGUUAAUUGUAA